AGCGCUCGCAGGGUGUUCCAGGUUCGUCUUUGCCGGGUUCCUGGCGACCCUCGUGCCGCGCGCCCGGGGCCCUGCCUGCAUCCCCUUCCUGCACGCCCGGGCCGGGUUUUGGAUAUGGACCUUCUUCAGUUCCUGGCCUUCCUAUUUGCCCUGGAACUGUCUGGGAUGGGAGCCACAGGGACCCUGAGGACUUCCCUGCACCCGAGUCUGGAAAUCUACAAGAAGAUGUUUGAGGUGAAGCGCCGGGAGCAGCUCCUGGCGCUGAAGAACCUGGCACAGCUGGAUGACAUCCACCAGCAGUACAAGAUCCUCGAUGUCAUGCUCAAGGGGCUCUUUAAGGUGCUGGAGGACUCCAGGACGGUGCUCAUUGCUGCUGAUGUGCUCCCAGAUGGGCCCUUCCCCCAGGACGAGAAGCUGAAGGAUGCCUUCUCGCACGUGGUGGAGAACACGGCCUUCUUCGGCGACGUGGUGCUGCGCUUCCCCAGGAUCGUGCACCACUACUUCGACCACAACUCCAACUGGAACCUGCUCAUCCGCUGGGGCAUCAGCUUCUGCAACCAGACAGGUGUCUUCGACCAGGGGCCCCACUCACCCAUCCUCGGCCUGAUGGCACAGGAGCUGGGGAUCAGUGAGAAAGACUCCGACUUCCAGAACCCGUUUAAAGUAGACCGCACAGAGUUCAUUCCCAGCACCGACCCUUUCCAGAAGGCUCUGAGAGAAGAGGAGAAACGCCGGAAGAAAGAGGAGAAGCGGAAAGAGAUCCGAAAAGGCCCACGGAUCUCGAGAUCCCAGUCCGAGUUAUAGCCCCGGAGCAGCUCAGGGUCCGAGGGGCCAGGAGGAGGCCACGUGGGAGGAAGAGGCAGCAGCAGUGCAGCCGAGGUGCAGCGGCAGCAACUGUAUGGUGAGAGCCGCCCCGUGUAAUGGGAAGGCCACAUCUGCUUGUCGCCUGGGGAGCCAGAUCUGAGCCUAACUGAAGGGCCUGGACUUCCUCCCAGGGCCUCCCUGGAGGGACGCCGCAGGGGCCUUCAGAGGCUGCUGUGCUGCGGUUGUGACCUCGUGGAGACUACUGGCGGAGAGGGGAGGACCCUACUGGGCCCUCCUGGUGGGUGGAGCCCUUUGUGAGGGCAACAGAACAAGGCUUUGGGGCAUGAAGUUGCCACGCCUACUGCUGGCCCUACCCACUGUCAGUGAGCCCCCCUGGCACAGGUCCCAGCCCCUCUGCAGAGACAAUAAAAGCCAGCAAAUCCGAUGACUGAGGCUGGUUUGGGCCUAGGCCUCUGCAAGCCCUCCAGUGGGUGGGAGUGAGGGGCCCCAGGGACAUAGAAAGCAGCAAGGAGGAGGCCCGUCUCAUCGGGAGGAGCCCGGGCCCUCAUGGUCCCUCGUCAGCACUGCACUUGGCGAAGAUCAGUGUUGGGAAGGGACCCAAAAGUGUCCUGGGAGGGUGUUCAGCCCAAGGAGACCUUGGAGCAACAUGGCCUCUGUCCUCAGAAGCCUGAGGAGCAGUCAUUGAGCAGGGCCAGGGGAGGCUCAGCUUGUCCUCUCAGACAGCAUGCUCUGAGACCCUAGGCAUGUAGGUGGGGGCCGGCUGCAGCUCCGCAGGGGCUGUGCAUCUCACUGCCCCGGCUCGGUGGGAUGGUGAGCUCGUAGCCCCAGGAGACGUGAACCAGAGACCUGUGGCUGCAGGGCAGAGCAGCCUUAUGCUUUCUGCCCCUUCCAAGCAGAGGCGGGGGUGGGAGGCCCUAUA